CAUAAUUGUAAUUGAAGUGGGCAGUGUCUGAUCGGUGCCUCCACGACCCCUCCUGCUCUAUUCACUCUCCCAUUCCUCCACUCCCCUUCGGACUCACCUUCUGGGGACCAUUCUUGGCUUGCAGUCAUGGCGAGCGAUAUGACGAAAACCAUUUUGGACGCUCUGUCCGCGUCCGACGCCUCUAUUCUGUCCAGCGAAGCCUUCCCCUCCGUCCCCUCACUAAAUAUCAAGGCCUCACUGGACCGUCUAGCCUCCCGACAGAUGGUCGAGUAUGACACGCUCGAGAAAGAGAUCGCCGUUCUGACCCCGGAAGGUGAAGAGAUCGCCACCAAUGGCAGCCACGAGGCUAAGGUUUUCCAAGCCGUGCUGGCGGCUCUGGAUGGAUUGAAGAUUGGCGACCUGCCGGGCAUUGUGGGCAAGGAGAACGCCAAGGUCGGCCAGGGCAAUGCGUUCAAGAAGGGCUGGAUUAAGAAGGACAAGGACCUCCUGCGGGCGACAACCGAGACGAUCGUCGACGAGACCCGCGAGCUGCUGCUCACGGUGCAGAAGACGCAGACGGUGCCGGACGCCAAGGCGCUGACGGAUCUGAAGCGGCGCAAGCUGGUGACGCUGCAGAAGGUGAUCAGCUUCAAGAUCGCCAAGGGCCCCAAGUACGCCCGCGAGUUCGUCAAGGAGGAGACGGACCUGACGGCGGAGAUGCUGAUGAGCGGCUCGUGGAAGACGGCGCACCUCAAGCCGUACAACUUCAAGGCCAAGGGUGCGCCCACCCCGGCCGGCACCUUCCACCCGCUCAACAAGGUGCGCCAGGAGUUCCGCAACAUCUUCUUCGAGAUGGGCUUCGAGGAGAUGCCGACCAACCGCUUCGUCGAGACGGGCUUCUGGAACUUCGACGCCCUCUUCGUGCCGCAGCAGCACCCCGCCCGCGACCUCCAAGACACCUUCUACAUCGCCGACCCCGUCAAGGCCGACCCCCCGCGCGAGGACCCGCCUAACGACCCCCACCAGAUCAAGACCCUCCAACCCACCACCACCUCCUCCUCUUCUACUUCCCCCACCAAGACCCUCGAUUACAAGCAAUACUGGGACGACGUGCGCCAGGUCCACGAGAGUGGCAAGUACGGCUCUAUCGGCUACCGCUACCCAUGGGACGCUGACGAGGCGCUGCGCCUGGUGCUGCGCACGCACACGACCUCCGUCUCGACCUACGUGCUGCACAAGCUGGCGGCCAACCCGCGCCCGGCGCGCUACUUCAGUAUCGACCGCGUCUUCCGCAACGAGGCGGUCGACGCCACCCACUUGGCCGAGUUCCACCAGAUCGAGGGUGUCAUCGCCGACUACGGGCUGACGCUGGGCGGGCUGAUUGGGUUCAUGGAGGUCUUCUUCGCCAAGAUGGGCAUCCACCAGCUGCGCUUCAAGCCCGCCUACAACCCCUACACCGAACCCAGCAUGGAGAUCUUCGGGUACCACAACGGCCUGGGCAAGUGGGUUGAAAUUGGUAACAGCGGUAUGUUCCGGCCGGAGAUGCUGGAGCCGAUGGGAAUUCCGAAAGACAUGCGGGUGUACGGCUGGGGUUUGAGUCUGGAAAGACCCACGAUGAUUAAGUACGGCGUCAGCAACAUCCGUGAACUCCUGGGCCACAAGGUCGACCUCAACUUCAUCGAAAGUAACCCCGCGGUUAGAUUGGAGAAGGACUAGACACCAAACAAAACUGAAACUAAAAAACCAGAUAAUAAAGGCAAGCAGGUAGCGAUAGAGGCAGGAAAGGAAUUGACGGUGGGGGUAGUGUUGAAUGAGAUAGAGAACCCAGAAGAAAACAGGGCAGGAGUUGUGCCUUUUUUUCUUUUCUUUUUCGUUGUUAAUCUUUCAUGUUGAAAUGAAUUUGCAAAAGACUUUUGAAAGUGUGGUGCCAUCUCCCCGGUCCUGGCGUCUGGUAAAAAGAACAACUUAUGUCAAGUGAAAUGGAUUACGAGGAUUAUGCCAGUGGAUAUGAGGACAAAGGUAUAUUCCAUUCCUCUUUGAAAAAAGGAGUGUCGUAUCAGAUAUGAUCUGAUCUCUUGGGAGGAC